AUGGAAGCUCAUUCUACCACCAAACAACCACCCUCUUCUCUUCCGCCUGCGGUGGCUCCGCCUGUUAAAGCAAGCCCUUUAAGAAAAAUUGUUGUGGUGGCUUCUAUUGCAGCCGGAGUUCAGUUUGGUUGGGCUCUUCAGCUUUCUUUAUUAACUCCAUAUGUUCAACUUUUAGGCAUUCCACAUACCUGGGCUGCCUUUAUUUGGCUCUGCGGGCCUAUUUCUGGCAUGCUAGUGCAACCUAUCGUCGGCUACCAUAGCGAUCGUUGCACUUCCCGUUUUGGGAGGCGCCGCCCUUUUAUUGCAGCAGGUUCUGCUUGUGUAGCUGUUGCUGUGUUCCUCAUAGGUUACGCAGCUGACAUUGGUCAUCUUUCCGGUGACUCUUUAGGGAAAAGUCCAAAAACCCGAGCAAUCGCCGUUUUCGUUGUCGGUUUUUGGAUUCUUGAUGUCGCUAAUAAUAUGCUUCAAGGUCCCUGUCGUGCUCUUUUAGCUGAUCUUUCUGGUACUAACCAGAAAAAGACCCGUACAGCUAACGCUUUAUUUUCCUUCUUCAUGGCAGUCGGUAACGUUCUUGGUUACGCCGCCGGUUCUUAUACUCAUCUUUACAAAAUUUUUCCGUUCACCAAAACCAUCGCUUGUGAUGUUUAUUGUGCAAAUCUCAAAUCUUGUUUUUUCAUAUCCAUAUUCUUGCUUUUGAUUUUAACGUUGAUAGCUCUCUUUUACGUUAAAGAAAAGCCUUGGUCGCCGGAACAGGAAAACUCCGGCCAGAGAAACGGUCAAGUUGACGAUGAUGAAGAAGAAACGCCGUCGGAGUCAACUCCGAUGCCGUUCUUCGGUGAAAUAUUAUCUGCUUUAAAGAAUUUGCAAAGACCCAUGUGGAUUUUACUGUUGGUUACUUGUUUAAAUUGGAUUGCAUGGUUUCCUUUCUUGUUGUUUGAUACCGAUUGGAUGGGGAGAGAGGUUUUCGGUGGUGAUUCAAACGGCAAUGCAGAGGAGCUGAAACUGUAUGAUCGUGGCGUACGCGCCGGUGCACUCGGUCUUAUGCUUAACUCGGUGGUUUUGGGUUUCACAUCUUUAGGUGUGGAGUUUUUGGCGCGUGGUGUGGGUGGUGUAAAAAGACUGUGGGGCAUUGUGAAUUUUAUUCUUGCCAUUUGUUUGGCUUUGACUAUCUUGAUAACUAAAGUGGCUGAAUCGCAUAGACGUUUCACCACCGUCCCCGGCGGAGAUAAAGUACCCUUGCCUCCUGACGGUAGUGUUAAGGGUGGUGCAUUGGCCCUUUUCGCCGUGAUGGGUGUUCCUCAAGCUAUAACCUACAGCAUUCCUUUUGCUUUGGCAUCAAUAUUUUGUAACGAUGCUGGUGCUGGUCAAGGUCUUUCUUUGGGAGUUCUGAACCUUUCAAUAGUUAUACCACAGAUGGUGGUGUCGGUAGCAAGUGGACCUUGGGAUGCAUUAUUUGGAGGGGGCAAUCUGCCAGCUUUUGUGGUGGGGGCAGUGGCGGCUGCCGCUAGCGGAAUAUUUGCACUCACAUUGCUCCCAUCUCCGCCACCGGAUCUCCCUUCAUCCAAGAUGGCUGCCGUGGCAUUCCAUUGA